CGGACUACCACUCCCGACGGGCCCCGCGGUACCACAGCACCACUCCCGACGGGCCCGGCGGUGCUGGAUUAACACUCGCAACAGGCCCCGCCGCGCGGGACUAGAAAGAUGCUGGUGGCGGCGGCCGCCGAACGGAACAAGGAACCCAUCCUGCGCGUGCUGCGGCAGUACGUGGACGCGGCCCAGCGCGGCGUCCGCGUGCUCGAGGUGGCCUCGGGCUCUGGCCAGCACACGGCCCACUUCGCGCGGGCCUUUCCCCACGCCGAGUGGCAGCCGUCCGACGUGGACCAGCGCUGCCUGGACAGCAUCUUGGCCACCACUCAGGCCCAGGGACUGCCCAACGUGAAGGCCCCGCUGUACCUGGACGUGAGGUGGGAUUGGGAACAGUGGGGCGGGAUCCUGCCGCAAUCUCUGGACCUGCUACUCUGCAUCAACAUGAGCCACAUCAGCCCCCUGAGCUGCACCGAGGGGCUCUUCAGAGCAGCAGGACACCUGCUCAAACGCAAGGCGCUCCUCAUCACCUAUGGGCCCUAUGCCAUCAAUGGGAAGAUUUCUCCUCAGAGUAACGUGGACUUUGACCUCACCCUCAGAUGCAGGAACCCAGAGUGGGGGCUGCGGGACACGGCCCUUCUGGAGAGCCUGGGCCAGGCCAGUGGGCUGCUCCUGGAGAGGCUGGUAGGUGGGGAGGACUGUGGUCACAGGCAGCCUCCCUGGGGACCAGGAGCAGCUUCUCCAGCCAAAGUAUCUCCCCCAGGUGGACAUGCCAGCCAACAACAAGUGCCUAAUUUUCCGGAAAGAGUAAACCCCUUCUCCGCCAUGCCUGUGUCCCUGGGAUAAACCCCGAUCACCAGCCCCUGCCACCCUGGGCCAGACUAUGGGGACUGGCCCUCCCCAGACUGGGGAUUCUUAUCCAGUGGCCACAGGGCUGCUAAGAGCCUGGGAAUAAAGUGUUUCCUGCUGUCCCA